AUGAAGGGCAGCAAGAUGGUAUCCGCCACCAGGGUGGUUCAGGUAGUAAAGCCACAAACUCCACUGAUAAGGCUCCCUAACAGAAGAGACAAUCCUAAACUUAGUGCCUCAGAAGCUAUGAGAUCAGCAGGGCUCCCGCCCCACUCUAUAAUCACACAGCAUUCUAAAGGAGGUAAAGCCCCAGGUUUGCUGAUGCACCAGGGUCCACCAGACACUGCAAACAUAAUCAAAACCUUACUUCAGAAAUACAGAAGGAAACUGAUCUCUCAAGAAGAAAUGGAAUUUAUCCAACAUGGAGGUCCAGAAUGA